AGAAGAGCUCACAGUUUGACCAUUUAGCCAGUGUGUGUUUUUAGUUCAGUGUUUAAAGUUCAAAUGUUGAUGAUGAGUUUGCAUGUGGAUUUGAUGUGCUGUAAAUCAUUACUGAUCUGUCCAUGCUGGAUAUUGAUGAUUUAAUGACAGAAAUCUCUCAGCUGAAGAAAGAGGUGGUGUUACUGGAGGCAAAGCUGAGGGAAAGAGAGAUUUCAGAUCAGAGAUCCAGAGACACACAGGACUCAGAGCUCAGCCUCACUUUACUCUGUUAUACUGAUGCUCAGGAGAGUGUGUGUGACAGUAAUCAGGGUGAUCAAACCUCCACAGAGUCUCUGGAGAACAGCAGAUGCUCAUGGAGAUGACAGAACAAGCCAUAGCAAAGGAACAUUCCUAUCAUCAUGCGGAGGUGUAUAUUAUUCUUUCAGAAUGCACAUGCAUCUGGAAUUAUUUGCAGUAACUCGUGGGUCCACAAGAUGACAAUACUCACCACUGAGACGUUGCUUUCAUGAAGAAGCACAAGAAGAUGCAAUCUGCGGUAAACAAGAGCAGUCAAAGGUAGAAACAUCAACAGUUGACGUGCAUCUCAAGAACACGUGUUAUGGAGGUCAGGAGAUACCUGUAUUUGUGUAACUGUAGUCUGAAGGACAAAAAUACACCUUUAUGGGUAUAAACUCCUGAAGAGAAAAGUCCUGUAGCAUAGCAACUAUAGCAGUUGUGAAGUGCAUGCAUCAGCCCAGUUCAGUUUUGAUGUUAACGUUCCGUAUGCGUACAUUCGAAAGCGUUUACGCACACAGUCAAAUGGAGUAUACUUUGGAAGGGUUUGGUUUCGAAUGUACGCAAACGGAGCAUUAACGUCAAAACUGAGGUAUACUUCGGGCUUAUAGGGUUGUUCACACUGAACGCAUUUGCAAUUAUGAAACAAAAAGGAGUGAUUUGUAAAUUCUAUUCACCCUGUGCUGUAUUAAAAGCACUACAACAGCACAUUAUUUGAUGUUUUACCUUGUGAAUUUAUUAUUAGUAUUUUUUUUAAAUAUACACCCAUUUCAAAUCAGACAAUUACAAUACGCCCCCAAAAAAUUGGGACAGUUGAGCAUUUACCACUGUGUAACAUCACCAUUUCUUGUAAUAACACUUAAGCAUUUAGGCACUGAAGACAAUGCAAUAACAAUUUUCCCCCAUUCUUCCAUUACGCAGGUCUUCAGCUGCGCAAUUGUACGGGGCCUUUGUUGCCGUAUUUUGAGCUUCAUACUGCACCACACAUUCUCAAUCGGAGACAGGUCUGGACUGCAGGCAGGCCAAUCUAGUGCACGCACUCUCCGCUUACACAGCCAUGCACUUGUAAUUCAGGCAGAAUGUGGUUUGGCGUUGUCCUGCUGGAAAAUGCAGGGAUGUCCCUGCAAAAGACAGUGUGUGGAUGGCAGCAUAUGUUGUUCUAAAAUUUGUACAUACAGUAUCUUUCUGCAUUAAUGGUGCCCUCACAGAUGUGCAAGUUACCCAUGUCUUGGGCACUGACAUACCCCCACACCAUUAAAAGUCAUGUAGGGUGACCGUGUGAAGUACCAUUAAAAGCUGAUAUUCUGAUAUGGAUGACAAGAUAUAUAGAGAUUCGUUUCGUUACCCUUUUGAAUCUCAGUCGAAUCUUGAGGCUAGUAAAGAUUCACACCUCUAGUAGUUAUUGUGAUAAUCGCUAUCUUAUCAAUUACUGUACAUACUGUCAUGUUCCUUUCAGAUUCAGCUUCUGAUGGAGAAACGACUUCAUCAAAACAGCGUCUGACAGCUUCUGGCAAAAGAGUGUCGCAGGGACGUUCAGCAAAACAUAAGCAGAAGUUCUUCAAAUGCAGGACAUGUUGGAGGAGCUUUCCUACCAGGGGAAAAAGAAACCGUCAUUCAAAGGUGCACAAAGUAAAAGAGUUUAAGUGUGAGCAGUGUGGGAAGGUUUUCUUAGCUGCCUCUACAUUAAAAAGUCACAUGAAGUCACACAGUGACGAAAAGCCUUUCCAAUGCAGUGAGUGUGACAAGUGUUUCAGAUUCAAAGGAAAUCUUGUUGCUCAUGAGAGAAUACACACAGGGGAGAAACCGUACAAGUGUCCUUACUGUGAGAAGAGAUUCAACUACGGACCAUAUCUAAACAAACACAUUCGUUCUCACACCAAUGAGAGGCCGUAUGAGUGCAGUGAAUGUGGGAAAACCUUUACACGCUUAGAUUCUCUUAAGUCACAUCAGAAAACACACUCUGAUCAGAAACCCUAUAGAUGCACAUACUGUGAUAAACGUUUCCAUCGUAAGUCUCAGCUGAUACGUCAUGAGAGAAUGCACUCUGGAGAGAAACCUUAUCUCUGCUCUUACUGUGGAAAGAGCUUUUCUGGUCCAAGUGAUUUGAAAGUUCAUGUAAGAGUGCAUACAGGAGAAAAGCCUUAUCACUGCAGCGUUUGUGAGAAGAGUUUCCGUCAACACUAUGCUCUAGCACUGCACCAAAGAAUACACACAGGAGAAAGACCUUACAAAUGCACUCAGUGUGACAAAACGUUUGCCUACAAAAAGGUCCUGAAAACCCACCAGAGAGUGCAUGCAGGAGAGAACUUUACAGCUGCUCCAUCUGUAGGGAGAGAUUUGCUUAUUUAGGGUUUUAAUACUCAUCAGAAGAAACAUGCUAAAAAAACAAGAAUCAUCAUAGUGUGUUUUCAUGGCUCAGUGAAUGAAGAGACUCUUUCAGCUCAUCCAGAAUCAGUACAUCAAGCUUUCCCUGCAAACAGGGGGCAGAAUCACACUGAGCUUUCUUGUGGAUUGGGAGAAGAGAUGGAGAGAGUUGAACACUUUGGAGAGUCAAAUACUUGGAAUAUAUUUGUGUUGGGGAAGACAGGACAAUGCUAAUAACACUGGUUAAUAUUGCACUUGAUGAUCUUGCUGUAAUUGUUCUAUUUCAAUAAAAUGCACGACU